AAGGGAUUUCGCACAAUACGAGGACAGGAUAGGGCUUAAACCAAAAACGUGAAUGAAAUAUAAUCAUAAUCGAAUCAUAAAAACGAGUAGUACUACUUAUUUCAUCCUUGCGUGAAAAAUACAGGGGUAAUUAUCUCGUAUUCUCGUUGCUCUCUCUCUCUCUAAACUAUUCCUCUCUCUCUCUCAGCUCUCUCGCUUCCCGAGUUCCCUUUUUUCGUUUUAUGCUCCGAAGCAGCAGAGGAGAUGUUUAAGAACACAUUCCAGUCCGGUUUUCUUUCCAUCCUUUACAGCCUGGGGAGUAAGCCUUUGCAAAUAUGGGAUAAAGAAGUUGUCAAUGGCCAGGUCAAGCGGCUGCAAGAUGAUGACAUACAAUCUAAUGUCCUCGAAUUAGUGGGGUCGAAUGUCCAAUCCACAUAUAUUACCUGCCCUGCAGAUCCAACUGCAACGCUUGGUAUCAAGCUUCCGUUCUUGGUUAUGAUUGUUAAAAAUACGAAGAAGUACUUCACGUUUGAGAUUCAUGUGCUUGAUGAUAAAAAUGUCCGCCGAAGAUUUCGAGCUUCUAAUUUUCAAGCUGUCACAAGAGUUAAACCCUUUAUUUGCACCAUGCCCUUGAAGUUGGAUGAGGGCUGGAAUCAAAUCCAGCUGAACCUCACUGACCUUACUCGACGUGCAUAUGGAACUAACUAUGUUGAGACUCUGAGAGUUCAGGUUCAUGCCAAUUGCCGCCUGAGAAGGAUCUAUUUCUCUGAUCGCCUUUACUCAGAGGAGGAACUCCCACCAGAAUUCAAACUAUAUCUCCCAAUGCAGCAGAAAGUCUGAGAGCGUUGGAGAAAGCUCUGCCUGCCUCAUCCCUGGCGUCGGAGAUGGCUGGCGUAGAAUAAGUUCAUCACUCAUGUCUAGAGAGGUUUAUUUGUUGUAAUACAUACAUGACAAGUAAGAAAUGCAAUUGCCGGUUGACGUGGUCACUCUUUACAAUCCGAUUUCAAAGCUUGUUUUUAGUUGGUUUGCUGGGAUGCUAAUUCAUGUAUAUGUAGUCUGCUUCUUUGUUACUUCGUUGAUUUGUUGUGUAUGUGAGAAGACAGCUCCAUUAAACAUGUUGCUGGAGUUUCCUAUUCUAGGCCUUAUUCCUGUAGUACUUUGUAUCAGAGGUUUAAUUGAUGGAAAAAAACAUAGAUAUUUAUCUCUA